CAUGUGUUUUGUUUACGUUUGGCACAUUUGAGCUAAAGGGCGGCGUGUAUGCGUACAAACCGGCGUAUCAAUUAUUUUCACGUUUGUAUCGGUACCGUUUUCCCCAAGAAAAAUGGCUCUGUGGAAUCAAAGAAACCUGGAUCCGCCGGUAGUUUUGAAUGCCCCGUGUAAAUCGAAACACAUCAAGAGUCAAAUUUCCGCUCUAACCAAAACAAGUACCAGCAUGCUCAACUACUACUCUACGCUGAACACGUUUGAAAAGGCUGCCGCAUUCGAGACGCGCUUCGUCAAUCGCUUCAAGUUCCGUUUGCGUAAUAUGCACGGCUUUCAAGUUAUGCGACGUGUUAACCAGACGCUGAUCCGCAUCAAAAACCUGGACCUGGUGCAGGUUAUUAUGGAUUUGCACAGCUUCCUGCCCGAGUCGGAAUACAUCCCGCAGACGGUGAACUUGCCGGUACGAUCCAACCUGGAGUAUCUGCUGGUAAGAAUGCAAGGAUUGUGCAAGCUGCUGAUGCGUGUCGUCUACCUUACAAAGGAAGCCGCACGAUUCCACGUGAAGCAAAUAGUGAACAUGCAUCUGUACCCUACGUACGUGAUGUUUCUCGGCUUGAUGGGCGAGCUGUGGCUGUUCUCCCGCUCGGUAUGCAGACGAACGGUGCAGUUCUACGAUGAGCUGUAUCCGGCCCUGGAGAUUCUUCCCGAGACCAAGGUGAGCUGGUUGCCGGAGCAUUACCAGCUGCCGGUUAGCUUGGCGGCAUGGCUUGGCGAAGAGUAUGAGCGUGACAUUUUGCAAUGCGGCGACGCAAACGGUGCAACAUCUAGCAAUUGGCUGGGAUCGGAAGGGGAUGCAGACCUUUUCACCCUGCUUCAGCACAGCACGACGGAUGGGGAAGAGCAGUUGCUAUCGCGGAAACAGGAAACCGAGGCAGCCAACAAGAGUGUGGAGGAAGCGCUCACGGCGCCAUCGUUCAGUUCCGUACCGAAAGCGAUGCUACUGCAGAGCCUGCGCUCCGAUACCGGUGAGGUGGUGGAGAGGAAGGGACGGAAUGCACCUGCGACGCAAUUCGAUGCCAAACAGCUCGACCACAUACGCUCCAAGUUCCACGUGCAGCAGUUCCUGAAGCAGGAGCGAACCAAUCGCACCGACAGCCCGGCGAAAGCGCUGACAAAAGGGCUUUCGGAGCAGCAGUUUGGUGAUUUCAAUGUACGCUUGAUGAAGGAAUUCAACCGACUUUCAUCUGUGGAGUUUGUAAAGUUCUUCAAGGAACAGUUUCUACAGCUGGUUACAGAGGGCACGUGAGUGAAUCGUGUAUCGCUUUCAAUAAAGCAGAAACUUACAGCAUCCGUCUGCUGGUCUAUAUUCA